CGGGCUGCGCGGGAGCCCCGACCCGGCGGGUCCCGAUCCCGGUGCCGCUCCCGGUGCCGCUCCCGGUGCCGCUCCGGGCCAUGUCCGAGGCGUAUUUCCCGGUGGGCCCCGGGCUGGGGCUAGAGGAGAAUUUCCUAUCGCUGGACGACAUCCUGAUGUCGCAGGAGAAGCUGCCGGGGCGCGCCGAGAGCGCUCUGCCGCGCCUGGCCCUGGCGCUGGGGCAGGGGGCCGGCGGCGCCGAGUCCCUCCCGGAGGGAUCGAAGCUGGAAAUCCCACUGUGGCUUGCUAAAGGGCUGCAUGACAGCAAAAGGAGAAUCAUUUCGGUGGAACUGCCAAAGAUCUACAAGGAAGCCUGGAGGACAGUGUUCAGUGCUGAUGCCAAUGUGGUUGAUCUGCAUAAAAUGGGGCCCUACUACUAUGGAUUUGGCUCACAGCUCCUGAAUUUUGACAAUCCGGAGAAUCCUGAGAUAGCUCAGAGUAUCCUGCAGACGUUCAUCAGCCGUUUCCGUCGCAUCAUGGACUCCUCUCAGAACGCCUACAACGAGGACACCUCGGCGCUGGUGGCCCGGCUGGAUGAGCUGGAACGAGCUUUGUUUCAGGUUGGCCAGAAAGGGCUGAAUGAUUUCCAGUGCUGGGAAAAGGGACAGGCUUCUCAAAUCACAGCUUCCAGUCUGGUCCAGAACUAUGGGAAGAGAAAGUUCACGGAAGUGGAUGGUUAAAAGCCUGAAGAACACGAAGCUACAGUGGGUGACACGGAGAGAUUUAUCUGCAGCCUGUCACAGAAAAGUGAAUCAAUUUGGGGAGGGGCAGGCUCCCUGUCCAUUAAUGGAAAUUCUCUGUAACAUCUUUGGAUUGGACUAG